AAUGAGUAGACUGGGGGGGAAAAAAUACAUAAUUACAAAAUAACACUUUUCCAAAUGAAACUUUUAAGUACAAAAUUUAUGAAACUAACAUUUUUAAGUACCGUAAGUAAAUGUUACUUCAGAGACUUUUUGGAAACAAAUUACUUGGAGGAGUUUUAUUGCACCAUAUUUUGACAUUUUAGUUGAGAAAUAUAAUUGUGAAGCAUUGCUAGUCUUACUUGAGUGAAAUUUCUGGACCCUCUACUCACUGUGACUAACUUCACUGAAUAAAGAACAAGAUUGUUUUAACUAAAAAUGCACCAGACACAGAGACAAACCCACAGUUUAUGUCAAAGUGAGACCUCGUCUUUAUUCGCAAGCUCUGUUGUUCUGAUGUUAUUUUCUAUUUGCUGAUUGCUUUAUAAGAAAUAAAAAUUUGUAUAUAUAAAGAAAUAUAUUUUUAGUUUUCAGAAAACCCUCAACAUAACGCUUUAAAUCCCACCUCUGAGUGCAUAUCGCCCUGCAGGUGAGUCUCCCUUCCUGAGCGGUAGGUGGCGGUAGAGAGCCGCUUUUCUACAGAGGAAGCGAAGAAGCGAACUUGCUGUUAGCUGUGCUAACUGGAAGAUGUUGGCUUGGAAACGACAGCUGUGCUGUCUGGUGGACUGACAGAUGCCUUCACCAUGAUGCUGGGCCACGCCGCGCUGCUCGUCGCCCUCUUCCUGCCGCAGGCCGGAAGCUUCCUGAGCCCCGCCGAGGAUGAUGGCAUCCCUGAGGAGUGGGUUCUGCUCCACGUGGUCCAGGGUCACAUCGGAGCCGGGAACUACAGCUACCUGCGCCUCAACCACGACGGACGCAUCAUCCUGCACAUGCAGAGCCUCAAAGGUGACGCAGACCUGUACGUGUCUGACAAAACGCUCCACCCGAACUUCGACACCUACAAGCUGCAGUCGGUGACCUGCGGCCAUGACGUGGUGGUCGUCCCCAGCGACUUCAAGAGGCCCGUGGGGAUUGGCGUCUACGGCCACCCGUCGUACCAUGAGAGCGAGUUCGAGAUCCGGGUGUUUUACGACCAGGCGGUGCCGCAGGACCCGUUCGAAAAGGGGUUGGACGGACAAAACGAUAAGAAACCCCCCCAGGGAGCGGACAACUUUCAAGAGGAGGAAUCAAUCUUUUGGACUAUACUGAUCGGCCUUUUAAAGCUUAUACUUGAAAUUUUGUUUUGAAAUUUGUUGCCCCUACGAUGCUGGGAGACAGAUUGGCAUUUGACUUGGUCAGCACUGAAAAUAAAUGAUUUGUAGUAGACAUGGUAUGUCUACUAUGAUAUCCUCCAGAACUAAUGCCUUUUUAAAUUGCAGUCAAACAUACAGAAAUAACCAGGUAGUAGAUAAAUUCACUGGGAACUUUGCUUUUGGCGCACUGAGUGCAGGUGUCUGGCUGAUCUGCCAAUUCCAAUUUUGGUUGGUACGGAUUUAUUUUUUUGUCUGAACUGUAAUUAAAUAUAGCAAGAAAGUUGCUAGGGUGACUAUUGCUAACUGUGAACAUACAGAUAUGAACGGUGGGCAGGGCUGACAGUCAAACCUCUCUCCAAAACGAGGACAGUAGUUGAUUUUUGGUGGAUAAGAUCGGCUGAUCACCAAUCUCCCAAAAUUUAGGAAAUCUACGCCGAUUUACUGGCUGGUUGAUUUAUCGGUGCACAACUAGUGAUGUCUGACACACGUCAAUAUCUGAUCGAUCGCUGUCGCUUCACACUUUGCUUUGGUACGACGUUAGGGCCAGACUGGAAGAAUUUGGUUUUCUGAAAUUAUGAGAAUAAAGGGAUAAAAGAAUAAAGCAGUAAUAAUACCAGAAUAAAGUAAUAGUUUUAUGAGAAAUCCUACAAGAAAAAAAAUUACCACUGUGUUAAUGGAGGAGGGAUGUUGAGCAUUUUGUGAAGUUUUAAAAAUAAGGAAGUAUCAAUUUGUUAUCAGUAGCAGGACUUUAAAACAAUCGUCUAUCAAAGAAAAAAAACACAAAGGUUUGCUUUUUUCUCAUAAAAACUUUUUUCUUGUAAUUUUACAUCUUUAUUUUGCUGAUAUGACUUUAUUUUCAUAAUUUACAAAACUAAUCUCAGUCUGUCCCUUGUACUCUGUCGCACUUUGUCCUCUGGGGAGAGUGAAAUGUUUUCAUCCGUUACCUCCAGGAAAUCUGACUGCAGUCCAUGUGGGCUGGGAUUUAAAAUUUAAAACAAAAACAUGGAGUAUGAACUAAUUUUACAGCAGUUUGCAAAAGCAGGUGAAGGUCAGGCAGAACUGUUUAAGCCAGGUGUGUCCAAAGUGUGGGUCGGGGGCCAUUUGUGGCUCUUCAACUGAGUUUUUUCUGGCCACCAACUGUAGUUCAGCAAUGAUAUACAUUUAUUAAACUUUUUAUUUUUAAUCAGGGUAAAAUUAUUUUAUUUAUUAAACUUGGAUAAAUAUAGCAAGAGUUUUGAAAGGAAUUGACCCAAAUCUUGUUUUUGUAACAGAGAAUAAAUUUACAUCUAGAAAACUGGAUACUUUUCAGUUACAGUAAAAAUGCAAAAUCCUUCUUAUGUUUUCGAUCUAUGACAAAUAACACCCUGUUCCUACAAAAAAUAAAUAAAUAAAUCAGACUACUUUAUUUACUUGAUUUAUUUAUUUAUUUUUUAUUUUAUGAUUCUGGCCAGUGUGCUUCAUUUAGCUGGAAAAACCAAUCAGUCCAGUCUUUAAUUUGUGAUGAAAGUAACUUUAAACAGCACGAUGCCACCAUUACCAAGCCUACUCCCUAAACAGAAAGUUGCAAAAGAAGACUUAUAACUUUGUAAAGUUGUUGGUUUUUAUCUCCAGUAACUUUACAGAAGAUGGUUUUAUGAGCCGAGGAGGAGGUAGUUGCGCAGUAUUAACAUCUAGUAUGUUUGAAUUAAUAUGAAAUUCUGUAACUGAGUGAUGUAGCUGUAAUUUCUCAUAAAUGAAUGAAUCAAACCACCAGGAUCUGCGAAGGUCGGUUACCCAGAUUUAUUUUUUAAAGCAGAAUCACUUUGUUCAGGGGGAUCUUUUUUGCUAUGUGUUAGUAUUUAGACUCCAGAGGAUAUUUUGCUAACAUGCUAGCACAUUAAACCACUGUAUUUUUUUUUAUUUACAUAAUUUUUUGCCUGUUGGACAAGCUGGUUUUUUUAUUCUCCAGUGCUUGAGUUCAAGAAAAGCUGUUACCACUGAGCAGAAACAGUUCAACAGUGCCUUAAAAACUCAGUCCUCAAUGCUGUUUGCCGUUUUCUAGAAGAUUAAGAUAGCUUUCAAAAUAAAACCUAUGUUUCACA